GAAGCAUUCUAGUAAUGCUGCGGCGUGGCAACUUGAUCUACUCAAAACGCUCAUAACAAUUCCCUUGUGUGCUCUCUCCGUUGCACUUCUUUAACUUAUCCGCCAUCUAUUAUGGCCAAGCUUCCUUCAUUGCUCGCCAUCCGACCCCGAUCCUUGUCCACAAGAGUCCUCGUGCUUGGUGCUAUCAUCACCUUCGCGAUCGCCCUCUACACAUUCUCUUCGACUGAAUACUCUUUUCGCAUAUCAGACUGGUCUUCAAUAUUCUCACAGCAACGACAACACAGUCCAUGUACUCCAGAACAGUGGUCGGACGGGCGUUGGGUAUAUAGCCCGACAUCUGACUUGAAGAAUUUAACAAGUCCAGAACAGGCACUUGCCUUAGCUGGCUUCGAGGGUUGUGCUGCGGACCGUGAAUAUCACUGGCAUUUGGGCACAGACCACGAAGAACAAUGGGACAGAUUUCCCAAGGUUUCUUCGUAUAGAUGGGCGCCUUCGAGUCAGUGUGAUGUGCACCCUCUCAACGGCGCAGCGAUGGUCAAGGACAUGGUAGAGAAUGGCGGGUGGCUUUUACUGGGCGACUCGAUAACAGAAAACCAUUUCUUCUCGUUGUCAUGUCUGUUGUACCCGCAUGUCCGUGCAACCCCAAAUUACACAGAAAACCCUUACUUCGACCGCGCGUGGCAGCAAAAUCUAUACCUGUCGCCGUCGUCACCCAUAAUACCUGAAAUUGCCAUGCCGGAAGGCUUCUCGAUCGAAAACACACCACUCGUUUCAUUCCGACGCGUUGACCUGCUUCUUAAUGGAACAGAAUUAGACGCAAUAUAUCACAGCUCAGCAUUUUUUGAUGAACCCACCGACUUCGACAGCGAAGAUCCCAGUUCACAACCAAACAGGACAGAAUCUUUAUUCAGCGAUGAGGCGUUUUGGUCGCUUUCCCCUUCAGAAUACAUGCCCACAUUCCUUGAUUCACCUCCAGAUGCCAACUAUGGUACGUUGGUUGUGAGUACUGCCGGACACUGGACGACAACCGUGUUCGGUGCAUUCCGCGACGAUGACGCCGGAGAAGAUGCUGGUUACGGUAUCCAGAAUGUACUUGCGUUCUUCAAGGUCGCGAUGCGGGCUUGGGCAGAAGAAGUCCAGGACGCCAUAACAGAAUACCAUAUAAAUGGGGGCACACGUCCAAAACAAGUAGUUGUUAGAGCGUAUCUGCCUGGCCAUGAGAAUUGCCAUAACAUCUUCGAGCCUACGAAGUCAAUCACCCCAUGGGUCAACAAGUGGUACAAUUGGCCGUGGAUUGCGGACUUCAACACAGAAUUCCAGGAGGUGCUGUCAUCAUCAUCCGAGUUCCCGGAUAUCUAUUAUCUUCCGAUCGAGAGACCGGGACGCCUGCGCCCUGAUGCUCAUGCUGCUGGAGAUUGUUUGCAUCUCAUAUCGGGUGCUGGCGUUAUCGAGGGAUGGUCGCACUACAUCUGGCAUUUUGUCACACGUGAAGUCCAGCGGAGGAUCUGACGUGGCCCACUCUCACCACUACACACCCGUCACAUAAAGAGAGAUCGGAGAAAGAUACCCCUAGAUUGGGAAACAAGGAUACUGUUUUCUAAGGAAAGGACACUCGCCUAUAUUUAUAUAUAUAUGGCACCAGGCCGCAGGCGCUAUGCCUGCAGCACUUCAUAAUCCUACCAGCGUCGGAUACAUAAUAUUCUGGAAAUGGAUUGGAAUGCAUCCCUGGUUGUUCUGUUCUCUACUCUCCAGUUUGAUGGUUCUUCCGCCUUUGCGGCCUGACGCCGACCUCCUGCGAGGCUAUUCACA